GGAGCCGGGGCCCGGGCCGCAGCCGGACUCGGAGCCCGAGGGAGCGAUAGGCGCGCAGGCAGCCGGGGCCCGGGCGCGCUCCGGGGGCGCGGCGAGGCCGAGGGGGCGGGCGCCGGGCGGAGCCGGAGCCGGAGCCGGGGCGCCUGGAGGCGAUCGGGCCGCUCUCUCCGAGCUCAGAGUAGCGGAGAGACCGUGCAGCGGGAGUCGGGGCCAGAGCGCAGCCCGGGGGCUGAGGUGGGCCGAGAGCAGACGCGGCCCGAGCGGCAGGAGAGGCGCCGGGGGCCUCCCCCCGGGCGCGGAGGCCGGGCGGGCCCGGGCCAUGCCUGCAGCUCACUGAGGCCAAGGGAGGCCGCGAUGGAGGUGCCGGCGGGGGAGCCCCCGGCUCGGGGCUGCGGCCCCCCGCCCGCGCCAGCCCCUGAGAGGAAGAAGAGCCACCGAGCGCCGUCGCCGGCCCGACCCAAGGACGUGGCCGGCUGGUCGCUGGCCAAGGGCCGCCGCGGCCCAGGCCCGGGCGCCGCAGCCGCCUGCAGCUCCGCGUCCUCGGCGCGGCCGGACAAGAAGGGGCGUGCGGUGGCGCCCGGGGCGCGGGGAGCCGGGACGCGGGUGGCCGGGGUCCGCACCGGGGUCCGUGCCAAGGGCCGUCCGCGCCCAGGCACCGGGCCGCGACCGCCGCCACCGCCGCCCAGCCUCACCGACAGCAGCUCAGAGGUGUCGGACUGCGCGUCGGAGGAGGCGCGUCUGCUGGGCCUGGAGCUGGCGCUGAGCAGCGACGCCGAGUCAGCGGCCGGGGGCCCGGCGGGGGCCCGCACUGGGCAGCCGCCGCAGCCCGCGCCGCCCUCUCAGCAGCCUCCGCGGCCUCCCGCCUCCCCGGAGGAGCCGUCGGUGGCCGCGUCGUCGGUGGGCAGCAGCCGCCUGCCACUCAGCGCCUCGCUCGCCUUCUCCGACCUCACGGAGGAGAUGCUGGACUGCGGGCCCGGCGGCUUCAUGAGAGAGCUGGAGGAGCUGCGCUCGGAGAACGACUAUCUCAAGGACGAGAUCGAGGAGCUGCGGGCAGAGAUGCUGGAGAUGCGGGACGUCUACAUGGAGGAGGAUGUGUAUCAGCUGCAGGAGCUGCGGCAGCAGCUGGACCAGGCCAGUAAGACCUGCCGCAUCCUGCAGUACCGGCUACGCAAGGCCGAGCGCCGCAGCCUCCGAGCUGCCCAGACUGGCCAAGUGGACGGUGAGCUCAUCCGAGGCCUGGAGCAGGACGUCAAGGUCUCUAAGGACAUCUCCGUGCGGCUGCAUAAGGAGCUCGAGGCUGUGGAGAAGAAACGGGCACGGCUGGAGGAGGAGAAUGAGGAGCUUCGGCAGCGGCUCAUCGAGACCGAGCUGGCCAAGCAGGUGCUGCAGACGGAGCUGGAGCGGCCGAGAGAGCACUCCUUGAAGAAAAGAGGAACCCGUUCCCUGGGGAAGACGGACAAGAAGCCUUCGGUGCAGGAGGACAGCGCCGACCUGAAGUGCCAGCUGCACUUUGCAAAGGAGGAGUCAGCCCUCAUGUGCAAGAAGCUCACCAAGCUGGCCAAGGAGAAUGACGGCAUGAAGGAGGAGCUGCUCAAGUACCGCUCGCUCUAUGGGGACCUGGACGGCGCCCUGUCGGCUGAGGAGCUGGCUGACGCACCCCACUCGCGGGAGACCGAGCUCAAGGUACAUCUGAAGCUGGUGGAGGAGGAAGCCAACCUGCUGAGCCGCCGCAUCGUGGAGCUGGAGGUGGAAAACCGCGGUCUGCGGGCUGAGAUGGACGACAUGAAGGAUCACGGUGGCGGUGGCUGCGGGGGCCCCGAGGCCCGCCUGGCCUUCUCUGCCCUGGGCGGCGGCGAGUGCGGGGAGAGCACGGCGGAGCUGCGGCGGCACCUGCAGUUCGUGGAGGAGGAGGCCGAGCUGCUCCGGCGCUCCUCAGCUGAGCUGGAGGACCAGAACAAGCUGCUGCUGACUGAGCUGGCCAAGUACCGCUCAGAGCACGAGCUGGACGUGACGCUGUCGGAGGACAGCUGCUCCGUGCUCAGCGAGCCCUCGCAGGAGGAGCUGGCAGCUGCCAAGCUGCAGAUCGGCGAGCUCAGCGGCAAGGUCAAGAAGCUACAGUACGAGAACCGGGUGCUCCUCUCCAACCUGCAGCGCUGCGACCUUGCCUCCUGCCAGAGCACACGGCCGAUGCUGGAGACGGACGCUGAGGCCGGGGACUCCGCCCAGUGCGUGCCUGCUGCCCUUGGCGAGGUCCAGGGGCCCCAUGCCGCCCGGCUCUGCAGAGCCAGGGAGGCCGAAGUGCUGUCUGGGCUUCGGGAGCAGGCCGUCCUGGUCAGCAAGGCCAUUGAUGUCCUGGUGGCUGAUGCCAACGGCUUCUCGGCUGGCCUCCGUCUGUGUCUGGACAACGAAUGUGCUGACUUUCGGCUGCAUGAGGCCCCCGACAACAACAGCGAGGGCCCCAGGGACACCAAGCUGAUCCACGCUCUCCUGGUGAGGCUGAGCUUGCUCCAGCAGGAGCUCAAUGCCUUCACACGGAAGGCAGACUCAGUCCUCGGGGGUCCCACCAAGGAGCAGCCAGAGCCUUUCUCGGCUCUGCCCUCCUUGGGCUCCCAGGGGCCCUCCAAGGAGAUUCUUCUGGCCAAAGACCUUGGCUCAGACUUCCAGGUGCAGCCCCCUGACUUCAGGGACCUGCCGGAAUGGGAGCCCAGGAUACGAGAGACCUUCCGCACUGGCGACCUGGACUCUAAGCCUGACCCCAGCCGGAGCUUCAGACCUUACCGAGCUGAAGACAAUGAUUCCUAUGCCUCUGAGAUCAAGGAGCUGCAGCUGGUGCUGGCUGAGGCCCACGACAGCCUCCGGGGCCUACAAGAGCAGCUCUCCCAGGAACGGCAGCUACGGAAGGAAGAGGCUGACAACUUCAACCAGAAAAUGGUGCAGCUGAAGGAGGACCAGCAGAGGGCGCUCCUGAGGCGGGAGUUUGAGCUGCAGAGUCUGAGCCUCCAGCGCAGGCUGGAGCAGAAAUUCUGGAGCCAGGAGAAGAACAUGUUGGUGCAGGAGUCCCAGCAGUUCAAGCACAACUUCCUUCUACUCUUCAUGAAGCUCAGGUGGUUCCUCAAGCGCUGGAGGCAGGGCAAAGUUUUGCCCAACGAGGGGGAUGACUUCCUUGAGGUAAAUAGCAUGAAGGAGCUGUACCUGCUGAUGGAAGAAGAGGAAAUAAAUGCCCAACAUUCUGAUAAUAAGACCUGCGCAGGGGACAGCUGGACCCAAAACACGCCCAACGAGUACAUCAAGACACUGGCCGACAUGAAGGUGACGCUGAAGGAGCUAUGCUGGCUGCUCCGGGAUGAACGCCGAGGUCUGACUGAGCUUCAGCAACAGUUUGCAAAGGCCAAGGCCACCUGGGAGACAGAGCGAGCAGAGCUUAAGAGCCAUAUCACCCCGAUGGAGCUGAAGACUGGGAAGGGGGCUGGGGAUCGGGUGGGGCCCGACUGGAAGGCAGCUCUGCAAAGGGAACGGGAAGAACAACAGCACCUCCUGGCUGAGUCCUACAGCGCAGUCAUGGAGCUGACGCGGCAACUGCAGAUUAGCGAGCACAACUGGGGCCAGGAAAAGCUUCAGCUGGUGGAGCGGCUUCAGGGUGAGAAGCAGCAGGUGGAGCAGCAGGUAAAGGAGCUGCAGAACCGUCUGAGCCAGCUGCAGAAAGCUGCUGACCCCUGGGUCCUGAAGCACUCGGACCUGGAGAAGCAGGACAACAGCUGGAAAGAGACGCGUAGUGAGAAGAUCCACGACAAGGAGGGCGUUUCUGAAGUCGAGCUGGGGGGAAACGGCUUGAAGAGGACCAAAUCUGUUUCCUCCAUGUCGGAGUUUGAAAGUUUGCUGGACUGUUCCCCCUACCUCGCUGGAGAAGCCGCCCGGGGCAAGAAACUGCCCAGCAGUCCUGCCUUUGCCUUUGUGGGCCCCCAGCCGGUGGAACCGGAAAAGGCGGCCCCAGAACAGCCAGGGCUCUCGCCUGGGGACUGCAACCGCCUGGGCGCCCUGGGCUGCCCGGAGCCCUCAGGGAGGCAGAUGCAGCGCAGCUACACAGCACCUGACAAGACCGGCAUCCGUGUCUAUUACAGCCCCCCGGUGGCCCGGCGCCUGGGGGUCCCCGUGGUCCAUGACAGGGAAGGCAAGAUCAUCAUCGAGCCCGGCUUCCUCUUCACCACAGCCAAGCCCAAAGAGUCGGCCGAGGCCGAUAGGCUGGCUGAGAGCUCCUACAGCCGCUGGCUCUGCAACUUCUCCCGGCAGCGCCUGGACGGGGGCUCCGGCAGUGGUCCCUCCGCGCCUGGGCCCACCUUCCCAGCGGCCCUGCAUGACUUUGAGAUGUCAGGCAACAUGAGCGACGACAUGAAGGAGAUCACCAACUGCGUGCGCCAGGCCAUGCGCUCAGGCUCGCUGGAGAGGAAGAUGAAGAGCACGUCCAGCCAGACGGUGGGCCUGGCCAGCGUGGGCACGCAGACCAUCCGCACGGUCAGCGUGGGCCUGCAGACCGACCCGCCCCGCAGCAGCCUGCACGGCAAGAGCUGGUCGCCCCGUAGCUCCUCGCUGGUGUCCGUGCGCAGCAAGCAGAUCGCUUCCUCCCUGGACAAGGUGCACUCGCGCAUCGAGCGGCCCUGCUGCUCACCCAAGUACGGUUCCCCCAAGCUCCAGAGGCGGUCUGUGUCCAAGCUGGACGGGGCCAAGGACCGCAGCCUGUGGAACCUGCACCAGGGCAAGCAGAACGGCUCGGCCUGGGCCCGCUCCACCACCACGCGGGACAGCCCCGUGCUAAGAAACAUCAACGACGGGCUAUCCAGCCUCUUCAGCGUGGUGGAGCACUCGGGGAGCACGGAGUCCGUCUGGAAACUGGGCAUGUCCGAGGCCCGGGCCAAGCCCGAGCCUCCCAAGUACGGCAUCGUGCAGGAGUUCUUCCGCAACGUGUGUGGCCGGGCGCCCAGCCCCACCGCCACCCCUGGGGAGGAGGGCCCCAAGAAGCCGGAGCCGCUUUCCCCCGCCAGCUACCAUCAGCCGGAGGGCGUGGCCAGGAUCGUGAACAAGAAGGCGGCCAAGCCAGGCAGCAGCGAGGAGGCCAGGCUCUCCGUGCCCCCCCAGGUGGGAAAGGACGGUGUCCCUCGGGAUGGAGAUGGAACCACGGUCCUUCUCAGUGAGGAUGCCGUGUGUGACUGUAGCACCCAGUCUCUCACCUCCUGCUUCGCCCGGCCAUCCCGCUCUGCCAUCCGCCACUCUCCUUCCAAGUGCAGACUGCACCCUUCAGAGUCUGGCUGGGGUGGGGAGGAGAGGGCAGUGCCCCCCAGCGAGUGACAGAGAAGCCAAGCUCCCUCACCUCAACCAGCCCAGUCCCUGGACAACGGAAGGGAACCAGCGGAGAGGAGAUGAGGCAAGGGUCCCGUGCCCUCUGCAUCCCUCGCCCUGGAGGGACAGCAGCUGCACCACUGCCAGAGAAGAGCUUUCCCAUCCAGGUAAAGCGGGGUCUCCUGCUGACUGCUGGGUGGUGACCUCUCACUUCCUAGGGGAAGGCAGUGAGUGGGAAAAAGACCAAAACUGGGCUCCUGAAGCAUCUCCAGAGAGAUCCCAGGGGAGCUAAUCCCUGGAUCAUAAGGGAGACACUUGCCUGGCUCUACCCACACCCACUUCUCAAAGAUCCAAGGAAAGGAUACACUUCCAGCCUCACCCCUCAGGGAAAAGGGUUCACAGAGAUGUUCCUUGCCAACCACAUCUGUCUUCAUGGGGAGGAAACACCAAUGAGAAGAACAGGCUUUGCUCUCGGGCUCAAUUUGGGCUUCCUGGUGGAGCUUAGCUGGGCAUCACCCCAUCCCAUCCUUUCCCCCACCACCUCCUCCUGCCAGCCCCGCUGCUCUGGUGAGGUGUGGCUCUGGGGAUAUGAUAGGGCAAUAGCCGGGGGCAUGUAUCUGCUUGGAAUCCUAAAGCCCUGGAUCUCCCUGCCCACAGCCUGGAUGCAGCAAGGACUAGAAGACGAGGUAGAAAUGUGUGGGGCUCAAGGGUUGGGGAGCCACCAGAACUGCCAAGAUGACUUGGGGAGCCCCAACCUUCCCAAGAGACUCCUUGAGGACAGGAAUAGGUAGAGUCAGUCUCAAGACGUGGAGCACAGAUAAAUGCCUCAUUGUCCACUGCCUUGAUCACUGGGGCCUCUCUCCCCGGCAACCUGGGGGCACCACAUCUCCACUGUGUUUACAUCCUACAGCCGGUGAAGGGCGAAGAUAUUCCCCAAAGAGACUCCCAGUUGGCCAGGUCAGGCCAAGGAGCCUUCCAAGAGGCUGGUGCCCCAGGACGUGGCGGUAGACUGAGGCCUGGAAACACAUUUCUUGCCUAGGUUGUUUAUUUGAGUUUUUCUUACUAUAAAUAUUUAAGGUGGUUUUACUUUAUUUUAAUAAUUUAAUUUACCCCAAAGUCCCUAAGGUAAUUUAUUGCAAGUCAAGACAUGUCCUCUCACCACUGGGACAAGGCAGGGCUUCUAACAUGGGGGGUGGGUGCAGGGCCCCCAUGUGGAUGAGGCCGCUCAGCAGCCCAGCUCCGUUCCCCUGAUCAGGUUUGGCGACACCCCCCACCCCCCAUCCCCCCCGCAGAGCUGGGGCCCUGCAGCUGACCAUUCGGCCCCCGAGCUCUCCUUCACACUCGAUACCCGGUACUUGCCCAGCCCCCAGCGGUCAGUCUGUAGGUUCUGACUGACGGGGUGGAGGGCUGGACCAGCGUCAUCACUCCCCAGACAUUUUCCAUUUUCCUCCUCAUUUUUCUCCCUCCUUCUGACACCUUUUUUAAAAUGAGUCAAGCACGGAUUUCUAAGGCUUUAUCAAGAGCAUGGAGAUCUCUCCAAGUUCCCUCAGUGAGAACUCGCAGGAAAACAGGACUGCACUUCGAGAAUGUUGUUGAUUGCAGCUUUGCACAUGGAUCUGAGCGUGACUGCCAGCCUGCCUCGGUUCUCACCAGCCCACCAGCCUUUUCACCAGCCUCUUUCCUUAGCCUUAUGGACUCUCCUGGCUCAUCUCCCAGCCCCACCUCCACUGCCCACCCUGCCCCAUGUCCCAUGUGAGCUGCCUGAGCCUUCAGACGGAUCGUAACUCAGCUCACUGCACUGUGGUGUCGGGGGACUGAGACGGCCUUGGUGCAGGUGAACCCGUUUUGGUCGCACACAUGCCUGCACAUCUGCGUGUUGCUGGUGGGGGUGCUCAGAGUGGAAACACCAGGAUAAAGCUUACCUGUGAAAUCCCCACCAGAAAAACCAAAAGCCAGCAGCUCUGUUAGUUUCCCCCGCCCCAGGACUCAGGAGAUAGCUCUGCCUUCCCACCCACCAGCUCCCAGUCUUGCCCUUUCUGGGGCACCUGGACCCAUGACCCAUAUUCCUUCCUCUCCAUUCCCUACUGGCAGAACUUUGGGGUGACGUUAGUGCAACCAGCCGCCUCCUCACGCCAUAGCGCCCUGCGUGGGCAGAGCAGGCUGACCGAUGGAGCCGUGGGCCAGUCCCUCUGUGACGCUAAUGCUCCCACCCAAGAGGUCAGGGGGCCCCUCCAAGGUUAUCUCCAAGUGAGGGGAUUCACAUGAGGCCACAAGCCACCAGAGGCCUUCUGCCACCUCCCCGAGCUGCAGAGGGCCAGGGAGGCUGUGCUUCUAGCCUUGGGGAGAAAUCCUCGCAAGACCUGAACCCUGCGGACCGCUCCGCUCAGCCUUACUGUCCUUCUCAUCCACGAUUGUCCUGCCAUCCUGUCUCAGAGCCGGGCCACCGGCCCUCAGAGUGUCAGAGGCCCCAGGUCUUGACACCCCAAUAAAGUCCCAGUUUCUGCUUCCUGCAUGCCACUGUGCAAGGUCACUCAUCACUGUUCCUACAGAAGCCUCUGGACGUGGGGCUGGAUGGGGUUGAAAAUGUUACAUGUAAAUAUUGGUUGGGUUUGAUUUUUUAGCUUUUUAAUUAGUAACUGGUUGUGUUUUCUUUUGGGGGGUGGGGUUUGGUUUGUAAAAACUCUCUACUCUUUUGGAAUGUAAUUUCUAAGUUUGUUUGUUUCCUCAAAUGCCUUUUAAGUCGUGGUAACAUUCCCAAAGCAGAAAACUGCCUGGCCCGCCCUGGGGACUCCUCUGGAGCAUUGGGUCCCAGGAAGGAACACUGCCCUUUCCCCCUUUCCCGCUACCCCUGGCCUUUCUGCUCCUAGCAACUUCCUUUCCUUCUCUUCCCCCUCCUCUGUACUUCUUUUUCCUUUCCCUCAUUUCCAUUCUCUUCAGCCAGAGUCCCAAGGAACCCUGGGGUCCUAGUUCCCUACCAACCACUAGGCUUGGAUCUAUUAUGUUGGCACCAGUUGAGGGGAAAUGUGAGACCAGUUGGCAUAGUUGACCCCAGACUUGACGCAUUUGUUGCUCAGGCUUGACCUCUUCCCCGAGCCAAAUUAGACCCUCCUGGGAGCAAUGAUGUCUGUCUUGGAAAUGAAAAUCAGACCACUUUGGCACCUCAGUGGCUCCUCAGUCCUGUAUGCACAAGGCGUUCAGAUCCGAGUCUCUGUCUCCCUGGCAGCCCUUCCCCCGCCCUCAAUUCUUUCCCCACUGAAAGCUGACCAAUUUAAAAAACCCUCCAAGAGGUCUUGCCCCAAAUGGGCCCCUCCCCUUGGUCCUCCCAGGGACACUCCUCUACCAGCCACUCUCCCAGGUGACAAAGUCGAGGGCCCAAAGACUUGACCUUGUUACACCCUGCUUGCCUCAGGCCUCCCUUGUGCCUGCUCCCAUGCACCUUUUAUGAUUUCAUCACCCCUUCCAGGCCCUUCCUCCCUCUCCUCUUCCAUCUAGCAUGCCCCCAGCUUUACCAGCCUUCCAGCUCUCCAGUCCCAUUACCUCUUCAUUAAUAAUAGUCCCCUGCACACCCCUCCUAGAGCAUGUGCUGUUUAGAAAUUGCUUUCCCAUGCCACUUCUCCUUCAACCUUCUAAGGGUCAGGUCUGGAAGACAACCUCGGCAGGACGGGGGUUAGUGUUCCCACUGUGCAGAUGAGGCAACUGAGGGGCAGAUCUUAUCCCAGAGACAUCUAACUGGAAAGUCAGCAGGUUUAGACUAGAACCUGGGUUCACUGGAUCCCACAACCCAACUCUGUCCUGCUUGCUGUGUAAACCCACUGCCCCCCUGAAAAAUGCCACUGAAUAUGCCACUGCCCAACCCAGACAUAAAACCAGCCCACUCUAAAGUGUUGGACCCACGUGUCUCAGAGCGUGGUAUAGGAACCCCUUGCAUCAGAAUCCUCUGAGGGCAUUCCAAAAUGCAGCUUCCUGGGCCCCACCUUGGCCUCUGGGCCAGGAAUCUGCAUAUUUAACAAACUCCCAGGGAGAUACUGAGCACCAGUGGCCACACCAUUGACAUUCACAGCCCUGAUCUUUAGGCUGUCUUUCUUUUAACCAAAUAGCCAAGGUGUUAUAUCUUAAAAAGAGCACUGAGCUGGGAAUUGGGGGACCUAGUCCUCAACCCAGCUCUAAUUUGGAUUAAUUGUGCUGAGAAUUUCCAAAAAGCACCAGAGGCAAUUUACAGUCUCAGUCUUAAGGUUCAAUGAGACAACAGGAGAGGGAAGUUCCCUGGUGGCACAGAGAGUUAAGGAUCUGGUGUUGUUCUUGCAAUGGUGUGGUGUGGGUUCUAUCCCUGGCCCGGGAACUUCCACUUGCUGUGGGAGUGGCCCCAAAAAAGAUAACAGGAAAAAAGUCAAGAAGCAAGAGAAAUUAUGAGACCAGUUGGCAUAGUUGACCCCAGACUUGACGCAUUUAUUGCUCAGGCCUGACCUCUUCCCCGAGCCAAAUUAGACCCUCCUGGGAGCAAUGAUGUCUGUCUUGGAAAUGAAAAUCAGACCACUUUGGCACCUCAGUGGCUCCUCAGUCCUGUAUGCACAAGGCAUUCAGAUCUUGAAUCUUAUCUGACAUAAUUCCCAGAAUCCUGCAAUUAAAUUUUACUCUUGAGUUUCCUGGUAGCCACUGUAAAAAGAGAAACACAUCAGAUUUCAUGAUGUGUUUUAUUCAGAUCUGAAUCUUAUCUGACAUAAUUCUCAGAAUCCUGCAAUUAAAUUUUACUCUUGAGUUUCCUGGUAGCCACUGUAAAAAGAGAAACACAUCAGAUUUCAUGACUCUCAUCAUCCAGUCAUGGAAAAUAACCAUAUUUGCCCCAGGAGACAAACUCUUCUACAGCUGAUUUAGAGCAUGUUACUUCCAAGGCCACUAAACCAGUUGCAGUGUGAACCUAAGGUGCAAGAAUGUUUUCCAUGUCACUCUUUUAAAAAUAAUAAUAAACGUCCACCAACUUGAAUGACCUUGGCGCCCAGAGCAUGUGGCUAGUCUGUGCCUUGGUUCCUCCAGCUAUAAAGUGGGAGAAUGUCCUUCACCCUCGUGUGGCUGUGGUGAGGACCAAAUACAAUACUGUGCCUGUCAAUCUACUUGGAAAGCAUAAGGUUCUAAACUAACAGCAGGUGGUCUGUUCACACUCACGGUCCGCAGGCCAGCCCGCUAGUGCCCUGGCCCUUGAACCGACACACCCCUCACUAGUCCUAGUUAAUAGAAAGGGUGAUAAACUGGACCAACUCUCUCACUUUUUAAAAAAUUGUGGCAAAACAUGCAUAACGUAAAACUAACCAUUUUGGUCAUUUUUAAGUGGCUUUAAAUACAUUCACAAGGUUGUACAACCACCUCCACUGUCCAUUUCCAGAACUUUUUCAUCACCCCAAACUGAAAGUCUACAUCCACUAAAUAGCAACUCCCCAUCGCUCUACCCCUGGCCCCUGGUAACCUCUGUUCUACUUUCUGUCUUUAUGAAUUUGCCUAUUCUAAGUCCUCGUAUAAGUGGCAUCAUACAGUGUUUGUCUUUUUGUGUCAAACUGCCUCACUUUUUUGGAUGAGGAAUUAGGCCCAGAGAAGGGAGUGGCUGACUCAAGGUCAGACAGCAAACUAGAGGCAGCGUUGGAACCAGAACCCAGGUUUCCUGCCUCCCAGCAGGUCUGCAUCCCAGUGGGGAGUGAGAUGCCACCUACCAUUCUGUGGUCUUGGUUGAACCUCUUCCUCUCUCUGGGUUCCUUCUGUUCACUCCCCCUACCCACCCAUCUUCUCUUUUUAUCAUCUUCCUCCAAAGCUCCCCUUCUGCCUCCUCUUCAGCUGGUUCCCACCAGCAGACAGUCUCCCGACUGUGGCCAGGUUUCCCCCUUGUGAGACCCGGGCUUAUUUGUAGCACCCAUCUCUCAGCCCUCCCAGAAUGGCCUCCCCCACUCUGCCGGCUUCCCAUGGAUUCCCCUGUAACCUCAGCCACCCCCCUCCCUGUCCCCUCGGCCUCACAUUCCCAUCCUCCCCUGUCUGUGGUCUUCCAGCUCCCGAUGUAUGCUUUCAGAUCUGGUUGUGUUUCCUGGGUUCUGUUUUGUGUUUUCUCACACCAAAACGGGUACCUUUCCCCAGCUUGGCCCCAUUGACCACCCCCACCCCACUCCAGCCCAGAAAGACAUCCCCCCAUCCCACCCUUGAGUCAUGUUGUCUUCUGUCUACAGCCUCCUGGACUUUCCAUGGACUAGCAGGGUGGGGGGAGGCUUGGAUUCCCCCUUUCAGCCUCCUCUACCCUGCCCAGUCAGUCCUACCUGGCCUUGUUUGAAAAGCAGGUGCAGCCUGCCUUAGGUUCUUCUCUCCUUCUCCCAGCCAUCUGGCCAUUUGACAUCCCACCAUCCUCUCCACUUUCCCCUGGACCUCACUGCCUCUGGAGCAUCUCGUCCUGGCAGAACCUGUAACCCACCUGGCACCACCCCUACCCCUCCCGACAAUGUUUGCAGUUUGUGAAGUCUGAAGACCCAAGAACCAAAGGGGACUGGUGACAUGAUGCUGGGCCCAAGUCCCCUGCCCAGGGCUCCUCCCCGCCCCUCCCUCACCCCUCUUGGACCCUCCUUUGUCCAUCCCAUCAGCCCUACUCCCCUCCCUUCCUGCCCUUCAUCAGUUCUCUGGACCCCAGGCCCUAAGGAAAGGAGCUUUAGUUUCCCCUAAGUGUCCUUGAAGGGCCGAAGUCACCCUGUCACUCUCCAUUCUGAUACACCCAAACUACUCCUAUGAAAAAGAACCUCGGCCAGGAGUCUGGAGACCUGGCCUGGGUAGAUGUGUUAACUUCUCUUUGGUUGUGUGAUUUUACAAUAAGCAUAAGAUCAUCCUCAGGGCCUCAGAGCACCCCUCGUGUUUUGGGGUCCUGCAUCACCAUUCUCUCUCCACUGGGCCCUGGUAUCCUGGCUCCUCUCUCAGCCCUGCUACUGAUCUCUGUGCCUUAGUUUACUUCUCCGCACAGGGGGGCUCAUCACAAGUCUGUUCCCAGCAGCAUCCCAGACACUUUGGUGCCUCUCAAGCAGGGCCUAGCCAGCUGUGGCCCAGCUGCUUGGCACUGUCUUGGGUACCAGGUUGCUGAGGAUAAGAUGCUUGGAGGUUCUCAAAGAAGGCAGGAGCAUCACCUGGAAACUUGAUAGAAAUGCAGAGUAUUAGCCCCAUCCAAGACCUACAGAAUUAGCACAUUUUGGGGUGGGGGUGGGGGUACCAGCAAGCGGGAGUUUAACACGCUCUCCUGGUGAUUCUGAUGGACGCAGGAGUUUGCCACCUGCUGACCUAGACUAACAAUUAGUGUGCCCUGGUGAGAGACUGAGGCUGGCCCUGACCAGGAAUAGAUGGGAGACACCAACCUCAUCUGGACUCCUGAGAGAUUGGGAGCCCUCCAUCCACCCCUGACCCAAAGCAAAACAAAACUAUAUUCUCCUCUUCCUGGAAACUGAAGGGCUAGGAGAAAGCAUAUGUUUUUCCUUUCUUUGCCCUUGGCUCAGUUCCAGUUCUACCCACCUUUCUUGCACUUAUCUGGGCUUUACAGAAGAUUGUAUAGGCUUGUGCCAGCCAAGCAGGGGGUGGGAGUCCUGGUAGUGGGGGGCGGGAGGGGGGAAGACCCUGACCAUUUAUCCCUUGGGAACCUCACCACAGGCUUAUGGCCUCUCUUCACAUGAAAAGAAAUUUAACUCCUCAAAGAAAGAAUCCUAAAUCCCCAGCCAGGUUCUCCUCCUUCUCCCGCCUCCAGGGAGACCUUGUAGACAGUGCCAAAAACCAGCUCCAGCCCCCAGCGACUGGGGAAGAGAGCCAGAAGCUGUCCCUCCUCUUCAUCCUGGCCCCUUCCCCAACCCCCGCCAAUACUGUGAAGCCCCUUUCCUGACCAUCUUGGUUUCCUUGUGCGGACCCUGCAGUCAUGGGCCCUAGGGGUCCUCCAGGGGAAAGCUUUUGGGAGGGAAGGGACCAAGGGCAUCCUUGGGCCAAACCGUCCGCCUCUCCUGUCCACUGUUCUCUCCUCCCCACUCCUGUCUUCAAAAGGCUCCUCGCCAGGAUGGAUUGGGUGCUAGGACGACCAUGGUCCAUCCAGUCUGCCAGCUCUCCUUGCCCCCGUGUCUUAUUUCAGACAUGAGAAUAACUGUACAGUGUAAACUUACAAAGGGUUUUUAAUGGUUGUAGAUUGGAAAUAAAGUAUGUCAUAUGAACAGUU